AUGUGGCAGGCUGUGGCAUUCCAGAAGUUCAUGGGCGACGAUAAGCUGGCGUUCCAGAAGAUCAUGGGCGAUAAUAGACUGUGGCAUCUCAGAAGACUUGGGCAAAUGGAUGGUACUUGCAAUUGUCCAAAUUUGACAGAAGCAAAAUUUUACUUGUCCCAUAAAUCGUUUUUACCGGAUAGCUGGGGUUCCGUAAUUUGCAGUUUCGUAAUUUUGAUAGAACCGAAAUCACUUGUUUCUCAUAAAUCGUUCUUCAAAAUUUUGAAUUUAAAUUGUUGGUUUAUGGCUUGUAAGGUGCCAGUUUUCGUAGUUAUUGAAGAAAAUGAAGCCAUGCGCAUUUUGAACAAGGAAUAG